AUGCUUGAGGUUGCCGAUGUGGAGGUAAUUCACCGCCGCAAGGCAACAAAUUACGAACGAUUCGGGAAGUUGAGAAGACUUGGCGGCGGCAUCGGACCCGGAAGGCCCGAGCUGGGACCGGAUGGGCAUCCGGCCGAGCCCACCGCCACCAGGGAACCCGAGCCUGAGCCGACGCCGUCAGGCGAGAUAUGCCUUGCGGGUUGGUCAGCGGUCUUUAUAGCGGGGUACAACGACUUUGGCUACGUCGCCUUCAAGCACGACGAUCUCUGCGGCCACAACUCGGUCCGUAUCAACGAAUUUAAGAUUGAUGGCACUGGCGACCUGGCCCAGAACAAGUCCAGGCUUGUGGCGGACGACAAGAGGUAUCCUGCUGGUGAGGUGGGCUCCAUGGAAGCCCCGUGUUUUGGCUCUUGUACGGUGGGACCGGCGUUUGUGUCGGCCAUGGGAAUCUUAAAGUUCCCCAAUACGCCCGUCUGCCAGUGA